AAUAAGGUAGCCACUUUCCUUACAGGGAAAUCGAAGUUUCCUGGAAACUGUGAGACGGCAUUUUAAAUAGCCGUGCCCCAGUUGGCUGGGACAUCAAUACAGUUGUUAUAUCAUCAACAGAUAUGGCACAACAGGGACGGACUAUCACGGGCAUGUCUGGAGGAACAGCCACAAGUUCUACUGUAGUAGGGCAGCAGAAAGGACCUCAUCAUCAAGUUAACAACAGAGACCAGAGAAUCGAGGCUAAAAAUAUUGGAGGUGUAGCGACUGGCGACAACAUUACAGGCCCAAUGACAGCCAACGUUGGUCAACAAAAAGCUUUGGAUCCAACGAAGGCUACAUCCAAAGAUGUUCUGAAACUUCUACGACAAGAAGAGUGUGACGACAACACUGUUUCCAUCUUUGAAAAGAAGAGAAUUAAUGGAAGAAUGCUUCUGAAACUUAGUCAGGACGAACUGAACCAAUAUCGCCUGACGGAUGAGGAUGAGAAGAACCGGGUGCUGGGCAUCAUCGAUGACAUUAAAAAUGGAACAUUAAAACUGAAUUGAAUCCGCCAGGGAAAACAGCACAUAGUGGACUGACCUUGUACUGAUUCAGUUAUCCAACGUCAUGCUUCGCUUGCUGUCGUGUUAUCUCGUUAGUUAUAGCUAAUUGUUUCUAUCUGGACUAUGUAUUUGUGAUUUAUUCAACAUAACUGAGAAUAAAGGAGAUAACUAAUUCUA